AUGGAGAUAAAGUCAUCAGGUAUCUUUAAAAAGGUUGUUAUUCAAGCAGAAAUAUCUUCAAAAAAAGUGUCUAAAGUUUGUGUUGCAGAGGGAGUUUUCAGAUCUGAUGGAAGUUCAGAAAUAAUUCUUCUCAAAAUGUAUAGAAAAGAUAUGGUCAUUAACCAUAAUCAUAUUUGGAAUGAAAGGAAGGUUUUAGAGUACAUUAGAGAAAGCCAAACAAUUAAAGAAGACGAAAAAUCUUCUUUGCCCUUAAUAUACGAUUCGCUUGUUUUAGAAGAGAAAAAUACUGGAAUAACAUACAUUUGUAUUGCUUUAAAGUACAUCCAGGGGAAAACUCUGGACAAGUAUUUGAAUAAUAAAAAUAUAAAUAUAGACAUAUUGAAGAAGAUCCUCAUACAAGUGGCAAAAGUUGUUGGUACUUUGCAUAGAGAAGGUAUUAUACAUCGAGAUAUUAAAUGUAGCAAUAUUAUCAUUGAGUCUGAAACAGGAAAAGUAAUACUCACAGAUAUGAGCUUGGCAUGUUUUGUUAACUUUAAGAAAAAAGAAAGGUUAUCAGAAUUAUGUGGAUCGUUUCAUUCUAUGGCGCCAGAAAUGAUUUGCAUGCAGGAGCCAAAUUACAGUAUAGAAUUUGACUGGUGGUCAUUUGGAGUCUUAAUUUACGAAAUGGUAUUUGGAAUACCUCCAUAUGGAUAUCAUCCAGAAGAAAAUAAAUACCUUCUUAAAAGAAUUAAUGAGUCUCCAAAAUCUCUAAGUUUUCCUGAGCCAGUGAUUUUAAUGGGGGAUUUUAUUUCCAGCAAGAAGAAUCUGGAAGAAAUUGAAGAUUUGAUUAAGAAACUCUUAAACAGUGAUGAGACAAUUAGAUUAGGUUCACAGGGGGGCUGUGAACAAGUGCUAGACCAUCCCUGGUUUAAUAGCCAGCAUUCAUCAAAAUAA